GCCGGGCCUGCCGCCGCGCCCCCUCCCGCUCCUUCUCGCUCCUUCCCCGGCCCGGUGUGUGGGAGGCGCCGGGCCCGCUCGGAAGGAACGCCGACGCGCUCAAUGCCCAGGCAGUACUCAAAUGUUCUUCCUCUAUCAGAGCGGAGCUGAACUGUGAUCGCAGCUGGCUUCCUCGCUCCUGCCGCUGGACUUUGCCCCGUGGUGGAAUGCUGUGUUGGUUAACUGUUGUGAGGCCUGGGAGGGAGAGCGCUGAUGUGCGGCCCUGGGGAGAGCUGGGCGAUGCAUGGCUCAUGGAAAGGCACAUUUCUGUUCUCGCUUUAAGGUGUUCUGUUGGAAUAUACGUCGCACAUUUAUGGCGAUUCUGAGUGUGAGGGCAGACUUCUGCCAGGCCCAGCACAGCAUCCUGGCUGACAAGUGAGCUGAGUGCAGGGGGUUCUACGUGCCAUAAUUACUUUGCCUUGAAGACUCCAGACACAGUGAACACACUCAAAUAUAUGGGAUAUCUUCUAAACAUUGGAAGCAUAUUCCUUUUACUGACUCUAGCAAAACUAAGCAUCAAGAAAACAAAGUGGAGAGAAAAUCUGCUGCCCUUACUUUUUUGCCUCACCAGUGCCUAAAUGUAGAACAGGCUGCCUAGUCUUGCAUGUAGUCAGAAUUUUUGGAGUCUGAAGGAUACCACCUGCAGUAAUUGAGGCUGAAGUUGAAUUCAAGUGGAUUCUGAAGCAAACCUGCUUUUCUAGAAGCGAAUUCUUUAAGGAACAAACACGUCAAAGCAAGCUCUGAUCAAUCCCAGGCAUUUUAGUGGUCUUUUUAAUGUUUUCUGCUGUGAAACGUUUCCAAGGUUAUUGAUUUUUUUUAAAUUUUUUUUUUUUGGCCCCUUACACGUUUUAUUUGCCAUUAUGAACCGUCCAGCCCCCGUGGAAAUUACUUAUGAGAAUAUGCGUUUCCUGAUCACUCACAACCCAACCAAUGCAACCCUCAGCAAGUUCAUAGAGGAGCUGAAGAAGUACGGAGUGACAACCUUGGUGCGAGUUUGUGAUGCCACUUAUGAUCAAGCUCCUAUUGAAAAAGAAGGAAUCCAGGUUCUAGACUGGCCAUUUGAUGAUGGAGCACCACCCCCGAAUCAGAUAGUUGACGACUGGCUAAACCUGUUGAAAACCAAAUUUCGUGAAGAGCCUGGAUGCUGUGUCGCUGUUCACUGUGUUGCAGGGUUGGGAAGGGCUCCUGUACUGGUUGCACUUGCUCUCAUUGAAUGUGGAAUGAAGUACGAAGAUGCAGUUCAGUUUAUAAGGCAGAAAAGGAGGGGAGCUUUCAAUUCCAAACAGCUGCUUUACCUUGAAAAAUACCGACCUAAGAUGCGAUUACGCUUCAAAGAUGCCAACGGUCACUGCUGUGUUCAAUAAAAAAAAAAAAAUCUCAAACGAAGGCAGAAGUUAGCAUGGCUGUUUUCUGGACUCUUGGCACCUGGAAAUGUGAAUCUGGAAUCAAACUACGUCAUCAAAUUAGUGGUGGAGUCAGUGCUCCUCAACCUCUGUCCU